CACAGUCAACUACAUGUCGUGUGUUAUUUGGUAAAGAAAACAAAAUAAUAGGAAAACUAUUGAGGAGAACUGGGAGAGAGGCGAGUGAGGGAGAUGACGAUAGACGACGAGAGCUCCGUCUACGUUGGAGGCCUGCCGUACGACGCCACCGAGGAUAGAGUUCGCAGAGUUUUUGAGUUAUACGGUUCCGUCAUUGCCGUUAAGAUUAUCAAUGAUGCUUCGACCAGAGGAAAAUGCUAUGGCUUUGUUACUUUCAGGAACCCUCGGUCUGCAAUUCAUGCCAUCAAUGAGAUGGAUGGCAGGACUGUUGAUGGAAGAGUUAUCAGAGUAAAUGAAGUGAGGACUAGAGGUGGAAGAUUGGGUUUUGGUAGAGACAGAGAAGGUUUUGGACGGAAUGUUGAGAGGGGCAGGAACUGGGAUAGAGACAGAGAUCAUGAGAGGGAGUAUGAUCAUGAUAGAGACCGGUAUAAGGAUCGAUACAGUGAUCGGUCGAGAGAGCACAGUGAUCGAUCAAGAGAACGUGACCGUGGCCGGUCCCUUGGGGUUGAUCAAGAAAGGGAUAGAGGGUACGACCGUGAACGAGAUUAUGAUCAAGUAAGAGAUCAUUUUUUGGAUAGAGACCGUCACCAAGACAGAGAUUUGGAAGAUGCUGAGCAAGGACAGAGCAGGAACCAUGAUCAGGGUUGGGAAAGAGAUCGAGCAUUGGACUCUGACAGAGAUAGGGAGAUGGAAAAAAACAAAAAUCAUACUACUAUAGCUGCCAAGGAUAGAGAUCAACAUUCAAGGAGAAGGAACAGUUCAAAUUCUGUUGACCGACAAAGUAGGGACCUGUUAUCCCAUCCCAGUGAUGAUUACGAUGAUCAGGUAAAAGAACAGCUCGAGAGAUCCAUGCGAAGGCUUGAAGAAAUAAAAAAGGAGACUAUUCAGAUGGAGGAGAGCUUGAAAGAGAAAGGAAAACUAGUUUUGGAUUUGCAAAAGAAAUCUAAGAAAUUGGAGGAUGCAUUGAUAAAUGCAAAGAAGAACUCUUCACACCAUAAGAUGAAAUUAACCAAGCUACAUAAAUCCUUUAUGCAAGUAAAAGAUUACACUGAAAGACUUAAAAGCUGUGAACACGAACUUCAGUCGCUCGUUGAUACAGAAAUGUUGGAAGAUGAGGUUGACUUAAGGGACGGAAUCUUGACAAUUGGCAAUACAUGAUGUCAUGUUGAACCUUGAAAGGAGUGAUCUGUAAUAGAACUUAACGCAUACUGUAUAUUGUUUUGAGGUGGGGGAUUUGAAGCUUUUGUAGAUAUUUACUCCAAAGUCAGCUGAGAAACAGCUUAUUUUAUCUGAGAUGUAUUAUAUUCUACAUCA